AUGAAACCAUGGAAUGCCAUGGAUGAUUUCAAAAAAGAGGAUGUCAAGAAAGUUCCCAUUUGGGUCCAAUUGUCGAAUUUGGAUCUUAAGUAUUGGGGUGAGAAGACUCUUUGUAAGAUUGUCUCUCAAGUGGGUGAACCUUUGAAAGUGGAUCCGAUUACGAAGGCCAGAGAGAAAUUAAACUUUGCUAGGAUUCUGAUUGAGGUGUCAAUCCAGCAGGAAUUUCCAAGUGUUAUUAGUUUUAUCAAUGAACUUGACAAAGAAGUGGAUUUGGUGGUGACUUAUGAAUGGAAACCCACAAUUUGUACUGCUUGUAAGGGGUUGGGACAUGAUGCUGUCACAUGUAAGAAGCAAGAAGGGGAGAAGGUUUGGGUGCCUAAAGUUAAAGAAACUGUGGUAAAAUCAAAAUCUCGAAUUGUUGAUGACGAUGGUUUCCAGCUGGUUAUGAAAGGCACUAAGAAUGCGGAAUGUUUGGUCAGGAAGGAAACAUGUCCAGGAAAAAUACAGAAUUCUUUUGACGUCUUGGGGAGUGUUCUUGGUAGUGAGAUUGGGGAGGCUAUAGCUACUGUUAUCACUAAAGGAGGGGGAGUUCCUCCUGAGAUCGGGUUGGUGGGUCUCCUAGAGACGAGGGUUAAAGCUCGGAAGUUGGGAGCUUUAUUCCUUAAUAUGUUUAGUAACUGGUGCUUCACUAGUAAUGGUGCAUGGCAUUCAAAUGGGCGAAUUAUAGUUGCUUGGAAUCCUGCUUUGUUUACUGUUGAUAUUCGGUAUUGUUCUAGCCAAGUGGUUCAUUGCUGGGUUGAGCCUCAUGGUGGGGGGCAUCCUUUCUUUUGUACCCUUGUUUAUGCGUUUAACGAUGAAGUGAGGAGGUUGGUGUUAUGGCGUGAUCUUGCUGGUUUGAACUGUCAAGAGGCGUGGAUUGUUCUUGGUGAUUUCAAUGCGGUGAUUACUCAGGAAGAGAGAAUUGGAGAGAGGGUUAGGCUUCUCCAUUCAGCUGCUUUCCGGGAUUGUUUGGAGGUUUGUGGUUUAGGGGACAUUAAAUAUAGAGGCUGUUAUUAUACUUGGAGUAAUAAGCAAGAUCCUCCCAAUAGGAUUAUGGCUAAACUUGAUAGAGUGGUUGCCAAUCAGAAAUGGAUGGAUGAGUAUUAUAGUGCUGAGGUGUUUUUUAUGCCUGAGGGGCUUUUUGAUCAUGCCCCAGCAAUUCUUUCGUUAAGCACUACGGUGGUUAAGGGUAAGAAACCUUUUUGUUAUUUUAAAGUUUGGCAGCGUUAUGAUGGUUAUAAGGACCAAGUAGAAGAGGCGUGGAGGAAUCCUAUCUUAGGCACUGAAAUGUUUCAGAUUGUGAGCAAAUUAAAGAGGGUUAAGGAGGCUUUAAAGAAGCUGAACAGGGAGCGGGUGGGAGAUCUUGGGGUCUCUUAUAUUCAGGCCGAGCGGGAUUUGCAAGCUUUCUAG